AUGAGCUCUCCCAUCAGCAAGAUCCGCUCCCUGGUUGCCUUCUUACAGCAGCUGCGCAGCACCGGGCAGCUCCCCAGACCCGUGACACCGACGGUGUGCGCGCCCCCUCGGCCGCCGGAGGUGCCCGUCUGCCCGCUGACGGAACGUGGCGAGGUGCGGAACGCCGCAGCGCUGCCGGGCCCCACCAGCUGGCCACUGCUGGGCAGCCUGCUGGAGAUCCUCUGGAAAGGGGGGCUGAAGAAACAGCACGACACGCUGGCGGAGUACCACAAAAAGUAUGGCGAGAUUUUCCGCAUGAAGUUGGGUUCCUUCGACUCGGUGCACCUGGGCUCGCCGGGCCUGCUGGAAGCGCUGUACCGCACGGAGAGCGCGUACCCCAAGCGGCUGGAGAUCAAACCCUGGAAGGCCUAUCGCGACUAUCGCCAGGAGGGCUACGGCCUGCUCAUCCUGGAAGGAAAAGACUGGCAGAGGGUCCGGAGUGCCUUUCAAAAGAAACUCAUGAAACCGGUGGAAAUUAUGAAGAUGGACGGCAAAAUCAACGAGGUCUUGGCCGAUUUCACGGGUAGAAUGGAUGAGCUGUGCGACGCGCGAGGCCACAUCGAAGACCUUUACGGCGAACUGAACAAGUGGUCGUUUGAAAGCAUCUGCCUUGUGCUCUAUGACAAGAGAUUCGGGCUCCUUCGGAAGGACGCGGGGGAGGAAGCUCUGGAAUUCAUCAAGGCCAUCAAAACAAUGAUGAGCACGUUUGGGAGGAUGAUGGUCACCCCGGUGGAGCUGCACAGGAGCCUCAACACCAAGGUCUGGCAGGCGCACACGCGGGCCUGGGACACCAUUUUCACGUCAGUCAAAUCCUGUGUCGACCAGCAGUUAGGGAAGCACUCAGAGCAGCCCGGCAGGGACUUCCUCUGUGACGUUUACCACCGCAACCGGCUGUCGAAGAAGGAGCUGUACGCCACAGUCACGGAGCUCCAGCUGGCCGCCGUGGAGACGACGGCAAACAGCUUAAUGUGGAUUCUCUACAAUUUAUCCCGCCACCCCCACGUGCAACAGAAGCUUCUUCAGGAGAUCCAGAGUGUGCUGCCUGCGAGGCAGAGGCCGCGGGCAGGGGACUUGAGGAAGAUGCCGUAUUUAAAGGCCUGUCUGAAAGAAUCCAUGAGGCUUACCCCGAGUGUGCCGUUUACAACCAGGACCCUUGACACGGCAACGGUUCUGGGGGAAUAUGCUUUACCCAAAGGAACAGUGUUGAUGCUAAACACCCAGGUGCUGGGGUCCAAUGAGGAAAAUUUUGAGGAUUCGAGUCAGUUUCGACCCGAACGAUGGCUUCAAGAGAAAAAGAAGAUCCACCCUUUCGCGCACCUUCCGUUCGGCGUCGGGAAGAGGAUGUGCAUUGGGCGCCGGUUAGCUGAGCUCCAGCUGCACUUGGCUCUGUGCUGGGUAAGACGCCGGCUGGCCUUCCGCGCUUGCUUCCGCGCUUCCGUCCGGUGCUUUUCCACGAGGCAGCGGAAGGGGGCUAAGUGUGCCUUUUUGUGUGCACGCGUGUUCCAGAUUGUCCGCAAAUACGACAUCGUGGCCACGGACCAGGAGCCGGUGGAGGUGCUGCACUUGGGCAUCCUGGUGCCCAGCCGGGAGCUCCCCAUUGCUUUCCGCCAGCGAUGAGCGGCCUCGGAUUUUUUUUCUUUUACCAAUGCCUGGAGCAGAGAGCUGAGCUCUCCUGCCGGCAAGGUGCUUGUGGCUUCUGCGAGGCCCCGAAGCAAAUUCCCGUCACCGGGGCACGGAGCAACCCACCAAGGGCGUUCGGGCACCGCAUUUCUCUCCUCCCUUUCGCACCAGCGUUCCAGGAGCUGCACCAUCAAUGGGCGACGGCUCUUAAGACGGUGACUGACUCAGGGAAGCAGAUGAAGGGUUGUC